GAGCACCGCCGCCCCUCCUGCAGCCCCCGGCGGGAGCAUCGCGCUGCGGGUCACCUUGCAGGGAGGAAAAUGGGAGCCACUGCCCCAGUGUGAGCCGUCUCUAAGGUACAACAAGAUAAAGACCACCCAUCCCACUCCCUCAGACACCUCCCAGUAUGGAUGGCUUGGUUGAGCAGAACAGCGUGCUAAUGCACAACAAGAUCGCUGAAGCCGGGAAAAGGAAUGGUUUAAUUAAUACAAGGAACUUAGUGGCAGAGAGCCGAGAUGGUCUGGUCUCUGUGUACCCGACCCCCCAGUACCAGAGCCACCGAGCGGGCAGCCUUUCCUCUCCGAGCUGCCUGGAGAACGGCAGGAAUGACCCCGUGCAGCAGCUCCUGGACCCCAACAUGCUGCAGCAGACAGUGGAGUCUCACUACCGGCCCAACAUCAUCCUCUACUCGGAGAAUGUGCUGCGCUCGUGGGGCGAGAGCAUUGGCUCGGAGUGCUGUGAAACUACCUUCAUUGAGGACCGCUCUCCCACCAAAGACAGCCUGGAGUACCCAGACAGCAAGUUCAUUGAUCUCUCAGCAGAUGACAUCAAGAUUCACACCCUUUCCUAUGAUGUGGAGGAAGAGGAGGAUUUCCAGGAGCUAGAGAGCGAUUACUCAAGUGACACUGAAAGCGAAGACAAUUUCCUGAUGAUGCCACCUAGAGAUCAUCUCGGCCUCACUGUGUUCUCCAUGCUCUGCUGCUUCUGGCCAUUGGGAAUUGCUGCCUUUUACCUGUCUCAUGAGACAAACAAAGCAGUAGCCAAGGGGGACUUCCACCAUGCAAGCUCCAGCUCCCGGCGAGCACUCUUCCUGGCUGUCCUGUCCAUCACAAUCGGAACUGGCAUCUACGUUGGGGUGGCCGUGGCUCUUAUUGCCUAUCUGUCCAAAAACAAUCAUUUAUGAGCCUCAGGAAAGGGGGAGAACCAGCCACCCGGUGCCUGCACUGCAGAACUCCCCAGCAGAUCAGACUGCAUGAUUUUCCAAAAAGAUCAAGAGACAAACACCUUCUGGGGGCAGGUACAGGAUUAGA